AGAGAUAGAGAGAGAGAGGAACAUAAUGAAGAGUACUGUUUCCUUCAAGUCAAGCGCUUUUCUUUUUGUCAUUCUGAUCUGGACAUCAUGUUUGGACAUUGAAGCUCUGCAAUGUAGCCCAAGUGGCAAAAUUAAGGGAAAGAAGCCUCCUCCAGGACAAUGCAACACAGAGAAUGACUCUGACUGCUGCAAACAAGGCAAAUUCUACCCUACUUACAAAUGCUCGCCGCCAGUUUCUGGCAAUACAAAGGCCUACCUCACUCUCAACAGCUUUCAGAAAGGUGGAGAUGGUGGCGGCCCAUCUGAGUGUGACAACCAAUACCACUCCGACGACACACCAGUUGUUGCAUUGUCAACUGGAUGGUUCAAUAACAAAGGCAGGUGCCUUCACAACAUCACUAUCAGCGCCAACGGGCGCAGCGUGGUGGCUAUGGUGGUGGAUGAGUGUGACUCAACCAUGGGAUGUGAUGGAGAUCAUGACUAUCAGCCUCCGUGUCCUAACAACAUUGUUGAUGCCUCAAAGGCUGUGUGGAAAGCUUUGGGAGUACCUCAUGGCCAGUGGGGUGGCCUAGAUAUUACCUGGUCUGAUGCUUGAUUCUCAUAUGGUUGCUUAUAUAUGUAUUAUUCUGUCUAUGCCUCUUAAUUGAGUGUGUCGUUUGUGAUGAUACCUGUAUUUAUUU